UAUUGGGGAGCAUGUUGAACACAUGUUAUGUGUCAGACAUUUGUAUGGAAACUGGAGGAAAAGGCAUGCUGGAGAGAAAUUGAAAGAAGCUUUGUGGAAAGCUGCCAGGACCUACACAAUGCCUGAGUUCAACAAAGCUAUGGAGGAUCUGAAAAGAUUAAGUGUGCCAGCUUGGGAGGAAAUGAGGCAGUAUGCAGCAGGUAUGUGGUCUAGGGCAGGAUAUAGCACUCACACAAAUUGUGACUUGCAAGUCAAUAAUAUGUGUGAGGCAUUUAACUCUGCAAUCUUAGAGUUAAGGGAUUUACCAAUUAUAUCACUUGUUGAGGGAUUGAAGUUCUAUAUCACAAAUAGGAUAGUUAAGUUAAGAGAUUACAUGUUAAGGUAUGAAGGGGAAAUUUGUCCAAUGAUAAGAAAGAUUGUGGAAAAGGCUAAGAAAGAUACAAUUGGUUGGACACCAAUUUGGUGUGGUGAUAGGGAGUCUUCUAUGUUCUCUGUGACUGAUGGAACUGACACAUAUGCUGUCAAUCUCAAAGACAAAACAUGUGCAUGCAGAAAAUGGGAUUUAAGUGGUAUCCCUUGUCCUCAUGCCAUUGCUGGAAUUUAUUACAAUCAAGCUAAUGUUGAUGAUUAUGUGGCACACUGGUAUAGGAAACAAAAAUUUCUGGAUACUUAUGAUCAUUUGAUCCUUCCUUCUAAUGGCCCAAAACUAUGGCCAGAAGUUAACACAGAACCAAUACUCCCACCUGGUGCCAGAAGGGCACCUGGGAGGCCUAAAAAGGCAAGAAGGAAGGAGAAUGAUGAGCCCAAAACAGCAAGCAAAAAGGGCAAAAGAAAUCAGGUAACUUUGAGGUGCAGAAGGUGUAAAGAGCUUGGACAUAAUACCAGGACAUGUGGUGGAAAGACAGGUGCUGACAGAAGGAUUCCUGUUGGAGGGAACAAGGAUAUUACUACACAAUCUGCACAAACUGGUAUUGAUGCACAAGCUGGACAGCCUAACAACAAUGAAUCUGCACAAGCUAACACAUCUAAUGUGCAAUCAACUGCUGCUGGUACACCUGCUGCUGGUACACCUGCUGGUGCUGCAAAUGGUACAACUUCUGUCAACAACAUUUAUGGACCUGCUACAACUUCUGUUAACAACAACAUUGCAUCUGGUACACAAGUUGCAAUUGAAAAUGUUACAACUGUUUUCCCUGAUGCAAACAACAUAUCUGGUACAAUGAGAGGUGGCAACCAUGUUGUUGGUGAGGUAGCUUUCUUUGUGCCUAGAAAAUCUAGAACAACAGGGGGUAGAAUUGUUGGUACUCAACAGUCUAUGAACAAGACAUAAGCUAGAAGCUAGGAAGGAGAAUGAUGAUACUGAUGUUUUGGUUUUGGUCAUGUUAUGUAAUGUCAAG